AUGUCAACUGUACUACAAAGUCAACCAUACGCUAUUUAUCCUACAAUAUUCAAUCCUUAUAAGCCACCAUGCUAUAAGCGAUUUGCGACUUUCAGUUAUUCAUCCAAAGAUGCCGACGCAAACUUUGCUGAUGGUAAUGACAAUUGUAAAGAUGAAAAUUCACCAAAUGAAAAAAGACCAGAAAGUCAUUCAGCAAAAUAUUCGUGUACUUCUUCCACUUGUUCAAAAGAGUCCUCCACACAACAUCAUUCAGCAUUUAGUAGACGACAAAUAUCCAGUGCAAAUGCAAAACUAUCUGACAGAAGGCCACAAUUUAAAGUGAUUAGGAAACAGUUGCAAGGGAAAUGCGAAAUUGGAGAUAAUAAUUGGUUAUUAACGUCUAAAAUUAAUUUAAUUCCAAGACCAAUCACAUCAGUCAACAAGAAAACCGUCAUGCCAUCUCCAAAUAUGGAUAUGUUUGUAGUGAAGGAUUAUGGUUCAGAAUGUCAAAACAUCGUUAGCAAAGCACCAAUACAUAGUCCAAUUCCUCAAAAAAACUUGUCCAGUAGAAGACCACAGUCAGCAGCAUCUAAUCACUUGAUUUCAUUCCGUCAGAAUACUUCAGAAAACAGCGCUAAUAUUUCAGCGGCUAGUUCACGUGUCAAUACGCCAAUCGCACAUUUCUCUGGAAAACCUGUUACAUUAUUAAAACAACAUCUUGGUCGACCGAGUAGUGCUCCGUGUUUUUUGGCGCAUUCUGUUACAGAGAGCUCAUGCGAUGUAAAAACUGAAUGUGAUGCUGUUGAACAAAAACCUAUGGCACACAGUAGCACUGAUGACCAACAUUCAUCAAGUCCAGAUGUAGAACAAGCAUCCUGUGACUCUCAAACAAGUGAAGAAAAAGAAUCAAAUGAAGAGUCAGACAAUUCAACAGAAAUUCAAUUCGACAGAAAACUAUUGAAAGAAUGCAGAAUUGUAUUAGAAGAUGAAUAUGAUCGAGCUCUUAGACAACAUGGUUGGAGAAUGGAAAUACCUGGAGAUCCUUUAAAUUUGAAAUCAUCGUUGUUACCAAAGCGCUUACCAUACUCAGUGAAGUUUCCUUUACAACCAACUCUACCCCAACCUCCAAAAAUGAAGAAACAAAAUGUUGAGACAUUCUUCCAACCGUGCAUUAAAAUCCCUUUAUCCAGUUUCACUAUCCAUCCAGAUUUCACUUCAGAGUGUUAUAAUAUGCAUAGAAAUUAUUUAAUUAAAAAAGGUCUUUGGAAUUAUGCUACACGGGAUUAUUCGUUUGCUUAUUGA